AUGGCCCUGCAAUCCUCCGAUGAUCUUCAUAACCUCCGGCCCCCAACCGGACAGGUUAUGAGCCCAAUGAUGCCAAUGGCGGAGGGCAUGGCAGGUGUUCGAGAUUCAGUUCCUGGACAAGCUGGUUUGCCGAGGGGGGAAAUGGGCAGACAUGGUGGAUAUGGAACACUGAAUCCGAUCCCGAAUCGGAGUGGAGCAAUGGGACCAUCGCCUUUGAUGAAUGGUGUGAAUCCUGCAGGAGUGGCUGCUUCUUUGGAUGGGCCAACGAUAACCGGAUCUGGCGAAGCGAGAACCGCACUGGGCGCGACGAACGAAGUCGUCCUCAAGAACCGCCACAACUCGCUUUGGAGGCACCACCUGCUAGAGAAGCCGCCAGGGUCCCUCAAGAACCAGAUGAUCAAUCCCUGCUGGUUAUGGUUCCUCGUCAAGGCCUACUACAACCGUCCCAAGAGGAUGUUGCAGGGGACGGGUGUGGAGCAGAGUGAUCAAGAUCCAGUUCAUAGCAGUGAAGAUCAUGUGGUUUGGUAUUCCAGGCUACGAGGACUUGUUCAGGGCGUGGUGAAUCCAGUGAUGGAGAGGGUCCAGGUGAUGAGGAGUCGUACUGCGAUGAGCUCACCCCAGGCCUGGCAGUCACCGACAACGACGCCCGAACCUCGUGAAGCUGGAACUCCACUUAUGGAACCUGCCAUGCAGCAAGCCAUGCAGGAAUGGACACAGAGGACCUCUUUGUUGCAGCCAAGGCAAGAUCUGUUUGGAAGUCCUGCUGAGCACUCGUCGGGCGAGUCUGUCUCCCAGGUCAGGCGACAAGUUCAGAGUGCAAUCCAAGGACGAGAUGUCAAGGUGCACCAGCUUCAAUCGGAAAAUGACGAGUUGAAGAAACUGCUGCAUCAGGUGAUGGAAGCCGCCCCAAGACCGCAGGGGGUGGGUGAGGAGAUGACGAGAGCCGACCUGAGAGGCCGCUUGGGAUCUGGGGGCCUUGAACUUCCAGGUGUUCGAAGGGCAAGGGGAAGCGAUCGUCCUCAUCAACCAGAGGAACUACGGCCAAUUGGGGUGGAAAACGGAGCUGCAGGGCUGCUUGGUCCUCCCCCUGGAUUGGAUGGUGGUGGAUAUAGAGCUAGCUUCGUGAACAAUGAUGGUGGCAAUGUGGGUGGUGGUGCCCAGGGACAGGGCACAGGGAAACCGCCUACAGGGUUGAGCUCUGAUUUGCAAGGAGGGCAAGCCGUGGCGAGUGAAGGCGAGAACCUUGGCAAGAACGACACCCUUCCUGAAGCAGGUCGGAGCAGUGGUGGCGCUGGCAGCGUGGGAGGUGGAGGACCAAAGGACAAGGAGACCUCGACCCUUGAGCUUCUAGCACAUGGAAUUCAGCAGUUGCAGCAGAUGCAGAUGAAGAAGGAUGGCCAUGACCCUGAGCUCCUGAAGGGCAGUGUCGAGUUACCGAAGAUGCCGGAGCCCUACACAGAUAGCAGUUCCGUGGCCUUCCUGGAGUGGAUGUAUGAAGCGGGGCAACUCAUCGGCUCCCUGACGGAGAAAGCCUCUGGAUGGUGGGAGGCGAACUCCCAGUUGGCAGUGAACACCUACAAGGCCUACCAGGGUGAGUCGCCACUCCAAAAGUUGAAGAUCAGGGUGGGGGCGAACUACUUUGUGGACGAUGAGAAAUGGUCAAGACUGGAACGAAGAGUCAUGACCUUACUGCUCCAGUCGAUGCAACCCCAAAUCAAGAACGAGGUGAUGAUGCUCCGGAUAGACAAGGUCAAGGAUUGUCUGUUCAAGCUCUACACCAUCUACACCCCGGGUGGAGCAAGUGAGAGGGCAUCAUUGAUCAAACAACUGGAGUACAUUGCACCUCAAGACAGCCCAACGGAGCUCACCGCCAGCUUGAGGAAAUGGAAGAAGCUGGUCUCUCGAGCCUCAGAGAUGGGAGUGAACAUUCCCGAUGGCUCUGUGCUGAUGGUGGCGGUGGAGAAUGCGAUCAAGAAGGUUGUAAGUGGACAACCGGAUAUGGCCUUCAAGUUGAACAUGGCGAAGCAGGACCUCCAGCUCCCUUACCAGCCACAUAUCACCUCCGUCUUGACCUAUGUGGACCAUAUCCUGGCUGAGCUCCAACAGGUGAUCCCCAUUGCGCGCAACGACCCGAAGCUCAAGGGCAUGAACGUGGAACCAAAAACACCGUCCAAUGCUGGAAGUCCAGCAAGAGGCCAGAAAGCACCUUGCAAGUUCUGGUCCAGUGACGAAGGUUGUCGGAAGGGUUCCAGUUGCAAGUUUGCUCAUGAGUUCAUGUCCAAGGAGGAGAAGAAGGGUCGAUGCUGGCAUUGUGGAGGAAAGAACCACCGGCAGAACGAAUGCCCUGUGAAAACGGGAAAAUCAAAAGGAGGUGGAAAGGGAAGCUCGUCCACCCAAUCUACAACUCCACCGACUUCGACAACGGCUACCGUGGCAGCGAUGGCGGUGACCCCUCCUCCUGGUGAUCAACCUCUUCAAUCAGGAGAAGUCCCAGCAUCCACAGCGCCUGCAGGUUCGGGAACAUUGACCUCGUCCGGUUCGUCCUCGGCUGCCUCUACCGUCUUGUUUUCGGAGCAACCGACCCAAGCUCAAACCACUGAAGUCCGUGAGCUGGCGGAACAAUUCCUGGCGAAGUUGAAGCGACUGGCACCCAUGCAGGUGGAAACCAAUGAGGCCAUCGCGACCUUGAACCACUUCCUCCGGAGUCAAGGGCUGGAAUCACCGGAAGGAUUGGCUCUUCUUGACAGUGGAGCCUCUCACCCAUAUAGAGCUCCAAGGUCUCAAGACGAAGUUCAGAAGGCCAGAAAAGUGGCGGUCCAGUUGGCGGAUGGGAGGACAGUUCGGCUUCGACAAACUACCGCAGGGACUUUGCUGCCGGAACAAGCCAAUGAGGGUGACAACUUCGGUGGGACCAUCCUGCCUUUAGGCAGCUUGGUGCAGUCACUUGGGUGUACUUUGAGGUGGAGCCGGAGGCGAGGACUACAAGUUCACCAUCCAGAACAUGGUCUGCUGCCCACAAAGCUUGUGGGAAAUUGCCCGGUCUUGAGAGAGGCCGAAGCUCUGAAGCUAAUCAGUGACCUAGAGGAGGUUGAGCUCGGGAAAUUGAAGGCCAACAACAUGGAUGGCGUCAUGAGGGCAUUGAACACCGGAGGUCAAGAAGAAGGACCAUCAUGGAGGGAAGGUUUGGAUGAGUUCGUGGCAACGGGAUCCAGGAGGGCUCUUCGUCGAAUGCUGUUGGAUCCAGACUCACCUUUGGGUUCUUGUACUGAGGAGGAGAUUGUGGCUAUGAUCGGCUUGGACGAUGUGAACCUAAGUGAUUCGAGCGGGGCGUCUAUCUUGAAGGGUUUGCCGCUGAACCGAGCAGCAAGGCGAAGAUUGCUGUCUACAAGAUGGGCGAUACACAUGUUCAGUGGUGAGAGCAAGGAAGCUGAGAUGGAAACGGAGUCCAUGUCGACCCUGAAGAUAGACCUGCGAAUAUCCAAAAGGUAUGACAUGCUGAAGAGCCACGAGACCACCAAGGCCCUACUGUGGGCUGCAGCUCGAGGACAAGUGGAAGGCCUCUAUGGGGGUCCGCCUCGUAAGAUGGAGAACCAGGAGCUCCUCACGAAGAAGUUCUGGUUGAUGUGGAUCAUUGCAAAUCGAGGUGCUGAGCUCAGCGACCUACGGAAGCCUUUUGUUGCCAUGGAAUUACCUGGACCGAGCGACUUCUGGAAUGGCCCUGUCUGGCAGGGUAUUAAGUCGACCUACGAUGUGGCCACCCUCUACAUGGAGGUAAACCAUGAAAGAUACGCCUUCGCCACCAACCUCAACGUCCCGAAUGGUUUCCUGGUACCGAACUUUGAAGCCUUGUCCCAAUCAACACCUCCGAGAUCCCAAUGGCCAGAUGAGCUGAAGCAGCGACUGUAUACCGGGAUGAAGCUUUGGAGAGUCUAUGGGGACGAAGGCAUGAGAUUGAGGAUGAUGGCAAGGAUGACAAAGCCGGUGAACAUGACGGAAAAGGAGCUGAAGCAUUGGGAGGACCAUGUGAAAGCAGGCCACAUCCCCUAUGAUCGUCGUUGCCAAACAUGUGUCCGGACGGCGGCGACGGGCCGGGCCCACCGGAGAACUUUAGCGCCGAGUGCAUACUCACUUUCGCUGGAUAUCGCCGGUCCUUUCAGGGCCAGAGGCGAAACAGCGGAUUCGGCUCGCUACAGGUACCUCCUCGUGGGAGCAUACUGCCAUCCGAAGUUGGAAGCCUGUCGGGAGAGUCCAAAUCCUGAGGAAGAAGCUGAGGUGCAGGAUGAUGGUCUGGGGGUGGACAAUGAUGACCCUAUGGAAGAGGAGGAUAAAGGCGAUCCAGUUGAGGAGGAGGACGACGACUACCAGAAAGAGAUGAAUGAGAGGUACAAGAUGAUCUACAAGCACAUUGGAGAUGACAUCGAGUACCAGACCUUGCAUUUCGCAGUACCUAUGGAGACCCGAACAGGGAAGGAGGUGUUUGCGAAGGUCCGAGACAUCUAUCUGGAGCUUCGUCGCGAUGGACUGCCCUUAACAAGAAUCCACUCGGAUCGGGGAAGGGAGUUAAAGGGGCAAGCCUUGAGGUCCUGGAUGUCUGAACGGGACAUCCUGGCAACUACGGGUGAGUCACAACAACCGCAGCAGAAUGGAAGAGCUGAAGGGGUCUUCGUGGGAUAUUCCAGUGAUGUCCAACGGGGAAAGGUUGUCCGGUUCGGAGAUGGGGGCUAUGUCACGAGUGUGCAUUUGAGACCGUAUCUGGUGGACUCGGACGACCUGGUGGACCCGAGUCCCUUGGAGCUGCAUCUACCAGCACCAGAACGUCGUGUUCGAGGGAAGGCACGAAUCGCUGGAAUGACCCUGCCAGAGACUUCUGCUGAGUUGUUGGCGAAGGAGUACCUCCAGGAGGAGAAGUUCGACUUAGAAGACAUCCUUCGACUAUGGCAAGAGCUCAAGCCACAACCCAAGGAAGGACUACGGACAAGCAGAAGAGAGAAAAGAAAGGAGGAACCAGCGAUCUGGAAGACUGGUCAAUUCACCCAUGGUGGGAUUUGCGGUCUGCUUGAAGCAACAAGGACAAUGCCUUGGACAACAUCAUACUUGACCAAGGUCCUCUCUGAGUGGGUGGGGCACAACGAGUUCACCGCGCUGCAGAUCACGGACAAUGUGGGGAUGCAAAUGCAUAGAGACAGCCACAACUCCCAAAGCCGAAUGAACGUUGUCUUGCCUGUGUGCUUGCCGGAACAGGGAGGUGGAAUAUGGGUUGAGGCCUACGAGGUGGACUACUGUUGGGAAGAUGAAUGGAGGCAAGUUCGCGAAGCUGAAUGGCGAAGAGGCAAAGUCCAUGAACUACGACUUGGAGAACCAAUCACAUUCGACCCGAGGAAGUACCAUGUGACUGAAGAUUGGGUGGGAAGAAGGGUGGUUGUGGCAAUGUAUACUCCAAGGGCGAAGAAUAUGGAUGGCUUCACGAAGGAAACCUUGGAUGACCUUGGAUUUGGAAUGCCGGAAGAGGACCUCAGGCAGUUUCCCGAUUACAAGAAAGGUGCGAUCUUGAAGAUGAUGAACAUGGCCCAAGAGGACAGGGAGGUGGACGCGGUGGUAUUCCAAAUGAAGGAGCCAACAGAAUCCAAGGUGAGUUUGGAAGAAUCCUUGGACGAGCUUCAUGAACUUCAAGAAGGAAUUAUGGAAAGGCUUCGGGCUCGGGCUGAGAAUCUAAGGGACCUACUCAAUGAGGAGGAGAUCUUAGCGGAAGAGCUACAAGCGACCAAUGAAAUGGUGAAGGAGGAAGCGGACCACGCCCGGGUAACGAUCGAGGAGUGGCUUAAGGAUGCCGAGGAGAAGAUGGGCAAAGUGAGAAAGGAGUACCUUCAGAAUCUGCAGGAGGACUUGAAGGUGACCUUAGAUGUGCCCUUGGACCAGGUGAAGCUGUGUCUCGAAAAAUGGGUUGAAGCAAUCCAAAAGGAGCUAACCAACCUGGAGGUGAACACCGGGGCGCUAGAGAGAAUCACCAUGGAGGAGGCGAAGCGGAUGGAAAGAGAGGGAAGGCUCCGACUCAUCCCUGGAAAAAUGGUCUUCACUGUCAAACCUGUGGGGGAGGCCAAUUCGGGGAGAUCGCACUGUGCAUUGCAGUGGCAGGUGGAUGGCUGGCAGCAGUCACCGAUAUCACUGGUGCAUUUCUUCUUUCGGAAUGGCCAGAAGGCAAGCCUCGAUAUGGUGUCCUACCUCCUCGAAUUCUUCAACAGGGUGGAUUUCUGGGGCCUACGGAUGUUCUUUUGGUCAAGCGGCCGCUAUACGGACUCCGUGAAAUCGCCGGCACUUUGGGCUUCCUACAGAACACGAGUGUUAAAGGGUCUGGAGAUACCGUACCACAAGGGCAGCCUCCGAUUGAAACAGCUGAGGACGGACUCUGAGUUGUGGAUGAUCAUGUUCUGCGAGGGCGAGGAAAUGACCCUGUACGGCAUCCUGGUCACUUAUGUCGAUGAUCUUCUGUACCUCAGCGACUCGGAAAUCAUUGAAGCCGUGCAUGGAUGGAUCAAGGAGAGGUGGCCUUGUGCUCCAUUGGAGUAUGCCAAACAAAAAGGGGGCAUAAGAUACCUGGGGAUGGAGUUGGUCCAGGAUGAGAACGGACUAUUUUCCUUGGGGCAGGCGGGCUACGUGCGAAAUCUGGUCCGAAUCCAUGGUUUGAGCGAGGAGGCUACAUCGAACCUACCAUGCCCGAAGGAAUGGUUGUGUGACGAUGACUACGACCUUCAGGAGGAGAACUACACGGAAAGCGAAUUGAGGCGUGGACAAAAAAUCACAGGAGAGUGUCUGUGGCUAUCGUGUAGAACCCGACCCGACCUCCUCUUCGUCACCAACUACAUGUCUUCGACGGUGUCACGAUCUCCAUGCCGCGUGUAUCGCAUUGGGCUUAAAGUCAUCGCCUACUUGAACGCGACGGUUGACCUGAAAAUCCGGGUGGAUAAGAUCCCAAGCAGUUCCAACCAGAUCCCAAGCAGUUCCAACCAGAUCCCAAGCAGUUCCGACCAGAUCCCAAGCAGUUCCGACCAGAUCCCAAGCAGUUCCAACCAGAUCCCGAGCAGUUCCGACCAGAUCCCGAGCAGUUCCGACCAGAUCCCAAGCAGUUCCAACCAGGUCCCAAGCAGUUCCGACCAGAUCCCGAGCAGUUCCAGUCAGACUCUAAACAGCAGCGAUGACAAGCAAGCACACCAGGUGGUUUCGGAUCAUAAGGUUCGGUUCAACGUGCAACUCUGUGGAUAUUCAGAUGCUUCCUUUGCGCCGUUUGGUGGAAAGAGCUUUGGUGCCAGUGUUGCAGUGGUGGGAAGGACUCCAGUUGCUUGGAAAGCGAGCAAACAGUCGAUGGUGAGCAUGUCGGUUUGUGAGGCAGAGAUGAUGGAAAGUGCGACAUGUGGGCUUCUUCUUGAAUCGGUGGCUUCAAUCCUGGUGGAAAUUUGUGGACCAAUUGUCUGCCCUGAACUAAGGGUAGACAAUGCUGCUGCCACGAGCCUCCUUUCAGGCUCACAUGGGUCAUGGCGGACUCGACACCUGAGAAUCAGACAUGCCUACAUCUUGGACAAGAUCGCCCGAGGAGAACUCCGAGUGAAACACACUCCGGGGGACCGCCAAUUGGCGGACCUUCCAACGAAACUACAUCCCCGGGCUCGACUGAUGGAAUUGCUGCGAUUGUGGGCAAUGUUUGGACUUCCGGAGUUGGACAGGGCACAUCAAAUGGAGGAUCUGAGGCUUUGCUACUUGAUGCUGGCAAUGAUGGCUAUGAUGUCGAUUGGCGUUGAAGGAAGGAAGGUCGAAGAUCCGAACUCCUUUCUGAAGGAGCCUCUGGCAGCGACUGGAACGAUGGAGCUUCUGUUGCUGCUGGGAAUGUCGUGCGUUGUGGCUGUGGCAUGCUGGGAGAUGAUCAAGAUGAUUGGAAAGUGGGGCUGGAAUAAGAUGUUUGGGACAAAGAAGACGAGGAAGCUAAGAAGGCUUCGAGAUUUGGCGAAGAUGGCAGCGGAAGCAGAGGUGAAACGAAGCCUGGAGCAAGCGAGUGAGGAGUCCGAGGCUACAAUCCACCAAGCAAUGCGACGGACCGGAAACCGGGCAACGUCUUCGUCUGAGCCAAAGAUGAAGACCGUGGGGACACAGACCCCAGCUGUGGAGCCGGAAAUCCAUGAGAGGGUGGUGACUGUUCAUGUUCCAGAGGUUCGAGAAAGAGUGGUUCAUGUAGAAGUCCCAACCCGGGAAACCCAUCGCUAUGAACGUAUCAACGAGAUCUACAUGACCGGCCACGGUGGAGGUGCUUUCCACACUUGCCAG